AUGGAGAACUUUGCGGAAACGCCAAGUCUCAUGUUAGCACUGUUUGAGAAGAAUGUACCAAACGCGCGAGACAGGGCCAAGAGAUGGGGUGGCUUCAAGAAACAGCUAGACUUGGUUGUUGCCAGGGUCGGCGGCAAGAUAACACUGAAAAAAAGGUGGAUUUGA